GGCACUUUCUCUCUUCUCUCUUUCCUCACAGGGACACAGAGCUAUGCCUCUAGACGGUGGCGUUUCCUGUCUACGUAGGUCAGAGAUGAUCGGAAUAGGAAUCGGAGAACUCGAAUCUCCUCCGCUGGAUUCUGACCAAGUUCACGUUCUAGCCGUUGAUGACAGCCUCGUCGACCGUAUCGUCAUCGAAAGAUUGCUUCGUAUUACUUCUUGCAAAGUCACGGCGGUGGAUAGUGGAUGGCGUGCUCUGGAGUUCUUAGGGUUGGACGAUGAUAAAUCCUCAGUUGAAUUCGAUAGAUUGAAGGUUGAUUUGAUCAUAACUGAUUACUGUAUGCCUGGAAUGACUGGAUACGAGCUUCUCAAGAAGAUUAAGGAGUCGACUAGUUUCCGAGAAGUUCCGGUUGUGAUUAUGUCCUCCGAGAACGUUCUCACUCGAAUCGACAGAUGCCUUGAAGAAGGUGCUGAGGACUUCUUACUGAAACCUGUGAAACUUGCCGACGUGAAACGCCUGAGGACUUACUUAACGAGAGACGUUAAAGUCUCCGACGGAAACAAACAGAAGCUUCCUGAAGAUCUCAGCCGUUUCUCUUCUUUGGAAAUAGUUACUCCUCCUCCGCCUCAGCCGUUGUCAUCUACCACCUCAUUGGAAUCUUCGUCUUCCGUGGAAUCUUCUUCGCCUCUGUCGCCGGAGAUUUCAGUUUCGCCGGUGGAUUCACCGGUACAGCAGUUGGAGAUGAGGAGUCCUGGAUUAGACUAGAGAGAUCUGUGUGAUGACUAUCUCCGUUAACUUGUUUUACUUUUGACGGGUUUAUUGACCGCACGUUGACUUCACGCCGUCAGAUUUAUAGAUCUCUCUUUUAUAUCGAUCGAUGUGGGGCCUCUUUACUUUUGUACGAAUUUUUUUUUUUUUUUUCAUUUUCUUGUAUUUAGUUACAUACUAUAUAUUACGUUAAUCAAAUAAGAGUUCAAUUGCUG